AUGGCGGGCACGCCCGCGCACGUGGAAGCGCUGGAGGCGUUCGCGAGGCUCGACGAGCGCGAGCGCGUCGCGGACGGACUCGUGCUGGACGUCGUGCGCGAGAUCGCGGACACGGCGAGGGUUCGGCACGAGUGGCGACUCGUCUCCCCCGCGGUCGCGUCGCUCCUCCGCGCGUCGCUCCUCGAGCACGCGAAGCGCGACGACGACGCGUCGGCGAAGGCGGCGACCGCGACGCGCCAGAACGAGGAAGGCGAUGAGGCGAACGAGGACGACGACGCCGUCGUCGUCGGCCCGCCGCGGCCGCCCGCGGCGUCGCGCGAGGACGACGUCGAGGACAUCCUCGGAUCGCUCGCCGCGUUUCGCCGCGACCCGCCGUUUACGAUUCAACGCGUCUGCGAGCUCGCGCUGGACCCGCGCGCGUACUACGCGACGUUCGACAAGCUGAAGCACGCGAUGGAAAAACUCUUGAUGGUCACCGGCACGGUGGAGAACGGCCUCGGCGACGCCGUGGACGCGGGAGGGAGGCGCGACGGCGAUCGCGAGGAGGACACGCGCGCGGCGAAGAGGCACAAAGCCGAUCCCGCCAACGCGGAGCAGAGCGCGUUCGUGAGCUCGCUGAUCGCGUCGCGGGCGACGACGGCGGCGGCGGCGGCGGCGGUAGCGGCGGCGGCGGCGGCUUCCGGGGUGGGCGGUGGCGGCGGCGGCGCGGGGACCGAGCGCGCGAUGGAGGAUCUGACGUCGCGGGAGGAGAAGAAUCCGCGGGAGACGACGGCGCGAGAAUUCGAAAACGCGUCGGCGGCGGCGGCGGCGGACGCGACCGCGGGGGACGACGGCGCGGACGCCGCCGAGGCGGCGCGCGCGGCGGAGGCGAUGUCGACGUCGCCGAAAGCCGGGAUGGUUGAGUCGUAG